AUGGGUCGUGUGCGAACAAAAACGGUUAAGAAAGCGUCACGUCAAAUAAUUGAAAAAUAUUAUACAAAAUUGACAUUAGAUUUUCAUACGAAUAAACGGGUGGUUGAAGAAAUAGCCAUAAUACCAACAAAACGUUUAAGAAAUCAAAUAGCUGGAUUUAUAACACAUUUAAUGAAACGUAUUCAAGCUGGACCAGUUCGUGGCAUAUCAAUUAAACUACAAGAAGAAGAACGUGAAAGACGUGACAAUUAUGUGCCAGAUGUUUCAGCAUUGGAACCACAACAAGCAAUUAGUAUCGAUCAAGAUACUAAAGAAAUGUUGUCGGGUUUUGACUUUAAAGCAUUACAAAAUGUUCAGGUUGUUGAACCAAGUGGAGAUAAAUCUGGUCAACAAACAAAUCCAAACGAAGGUGGUAGAGGUCAAGGACGUGGUGGUUAUACCCAACGUGCAGGUUAUGCUUAA